AAUAAUUAUUAUUAUCAUGAUUGUGUCCUCACGAUCUUAUGAUUUUGCUUGUUUAUCAAACGCGACAGUUAAGCAAGGUUAUCAGCCAUUCUUUCUUCUUAUAGUUUAUACCAUAGUUGUUAUGGUUGACGCGCUAGUCUCAUUGUAGAAGUAGAGUGUACACUACAUCUGUGGGUAGUCUGGCAGCAGAAACGGAAAAAAAACUGACUUGAACAUUUGAAAGAGAUCUGGCUGCCCUGCCUUGGAAGGAAGGCUUCUUGUAGAUAAUCAUGGCUAUGAUGCAGCAGCUCCUUGAGGACGCCAGAAGUCUUUCGGCACAUUUCAAGGCACAGGAGAGAGCUGUCGAUAGCCUCUUGUCUCAGGCAUCUUCCUUGAAAAACAGCAUCAACGAAUUCAAACAGUAUCGUCAAGAGGUGGACGAUCUAAAUACCAGCGCUGGCAGGAGGCCGAAGAUGGUGCUUGCUCACGGCGCAGCGCACGAGAGCACACGAGUUCAGUCAUUGGAGCAGGAGAACUCCGAUCUGCGGACAUCUGUGAUGGCGUACCAGCAAGCCAUGAAGAUUGUUAUGACCAAGUUCAAAGAGCAGAGGGAGGGGCUGGUGGCGGCGAACCGGCAAGAUCGCAAGAUUCACUCGCAGCAUGAUCGCUCUCAGGAGAUCAAGCAGCGAAACUGGCACAUAAAGCUCAUGGCAGGUGUCAUUGAAGAAUCUAUAAAUGUGGACAACAAGGCGGAAGCUAACAAAGAAAAGCGUUUCCAGCAACUGCAGAAUGAGAUCAAGGCUAUGAAACAGCUACUGGAAGAUUCAGUUGAUUCUGAAAAUCUGGAAGAAGAGUACGCUCGCCUGACCGGUACGUUGAAAGCAUCUGCUGAGCAGCCCGACCAGGAAACCUCUUAGCGGCGUGAUGUGUUGUCUCCUUUCCACGUCUUGCUUGUGCUUGUCUGACUUCUGCCUUCGCAAUGCUUGCAAUGAACAUAUUGAGAAAAUACACUGUAUCGCCGUCACGCUAUCCCUCCCCUAUGCCCGUUGAAUACUAUUUAUAUAAGAAAACUACGACACACUAGCUCUUGGACUCCUGCAUUCACGAAUGUCAAUUAUUUUCUUCUGAAGACACCUCCAUUGAACAUACAAUAUCCUUUUCACGAAACACAUGCCCUAGGACCCACACUCCUCUGAACCAACAUUUCUAGAAUUCGUUCAGUUGAUUUCUUUUUUUAUUUUGCUGUUUUACUGGCGAAUGUACUGUCACUGUGAUUUGACCUCUUCCCAUUUUAUGCUUUUGUCUUUGGUAUUAGCCUGUCCUCGUCUACCUGAUGAAUGAAUGAUCCUAUUUUUGCUUCAGUAUUUUCUUUUUACGCAGGGUGUUUGUUGAAAACUUGCCGUUGUAGUUUCUAUUGCCUGCUAGCAAUUUGCCCACUGGCUAACUGUUGGUUCCCGGUAGCUUUCCUUUUUCUUACUCGUGUGUCAUCACUCUGACUGGCUGCUUGGAAUACAGUUCAAUCUGA